AUGGCAGAUAAUAUCAUUACCCAGGUCUCUCAGGACUCAGGACCGGCGCCCAUGGUUGACGAGACCAAUGGCAACAUCGACUACAACUCCAAAAUCCACCUCAACAUUCGCGGGAAGCCCUUUGAAAUCACUCGUGAUGAGCUCAUGAGUUUACCCGAGAGCAUAUUAUUAAGUCUUUUCCCCAAUGGCGUUUUCUUAGAUGUCAACGGCCAAGUUAUCACGAAUUUGACGGAAGAAGACGUGGUUUUCGUUAACUUUGAUCCGGACUGCUUUGAAUACAUUUUCAACGUGUUUGGCGAAGCCCAACGUAAUCUUCAAGAAGGCACGUUGUCACCGCAAGUUUCGGCUGGAAGCCGACUUGAUUCUGCUGCGUCUAUUUUGCAAACGAAGCCUGCUAUCAUUGUUUUGCGAGAAGAUCUAGAUUUCUAUGUAAUUCCGCCUGUGGCAGGUUGCACGACAGCAGAUUUUGCAUUUCUCAAGGUCAAGGUUGGUGACAGCAUUUUAUUGAAUACUUCCGUGUUUUCCGGCCUAGGAUACAACCCCGAGUUACCUGCCUCGGUAAACCAAACGCUCGGCCCUGCUGAGCAGCAUUUAUUCGAGAUGUUGUGUUCCUCAGGUUUUGACAGAACAGAGCUUUGGGGAAGCCGCUCAAUGGAGCCUCACAAGUGUGUGCUUUCAUCCUUGCUGUUGGUUCGUCUUGUAACGCAACCACCCACUCCUCCACAGCUGCCUCUGUUGCAGCCCGUGCAAUCCAAUGCAUCUGGGCGUUCGAGAUCAAGGUCUCGAAUCGCCACGUUGGCAUCAAGUGCGAGCAGAGCUGCUUCUCGCUCGUUGUCUCGAGCUAGAAAGAAUAAUGACACAAACUACACGAAACUAUUGUUGUUCUGGAGAAAGCCCGCAAGAAAGUGUUGGUGGGCCAACAAUGAGGUUACCGUGUCUACAGAAGGAAGUGAAACUCUCGCCAAACUAGGGCCGGAAGUUAAAGUGAAGGUGCACACUCGACGCGUGUGGACGUUGGAGCUUUCGGUUGUGGGUGUUCAGUAA